GCUGGCGUUCCCGGGGGCCCGCCCCGCCGGGCCCCGCGGCGCUGCCGCGCACGGGCGCGCGGGCCCCGGCGCCGCGCCCGGCGAGAGAGGCUGCGGCUCUGCCGCCGCCGCCAGCAGGGAGCGCCCGCGCUCCGCCGCCUCCCCGUGUGCACUAACGGGGCCGCUGGCGUUGUGCGUGGCGACCGCGGCUGCGAGGCGCUCCUCGGGGCGCUCCCCGCGCAAGGGCGCCCGGCGCCGGCGGGCGGCCGCCGCGACCGCGAGGAGCGGCGCGGCGUCCAGCGGCACCCCGGUGCCCGUGUGGGUCGUGAACCUCGACAAGAGCACGGACCGCUGGGAGAGCUGCCUGAGGGGGCUCCUGGACCGGGGCCUGACCACGGUGGAGCGGUUCUCGGCCACGUACGGCAAGGAGCUCCCCCGGGACGAGCUGCGGAGGCUGUCCACGUGGUACGCGAGGUUGUUCUGCACGCCAGGCAUGAUCGGCUGUUUCAUCAGCCACAUGCGAGCGUGGCAGCGCGUCGUGGACGAGGACCUGCCCGCAGCCGUGGUGUUGGAGGACGACGCCAGGGUGUUCGAGGGCUUCAACGACAGGCUGGCCCAGCUGCUGGAGGAACUGCCAGAGGACUGGGACGUGUGCCUGUUGGGCGCGGUCGGCUGCAUCAGCAUAGACAGGCAGCCGUUGCCCUCGAAGCUGUACGCGGCCGCUUGUGGAGGGUGGCGGCGGUCGCCAGGGGCCACACGCAGCGUCUCGGAGCACCUGUAUAUCCAGGGACCGGCGGGCACGCACGCGUACAUGGUGUCGCGGCGCGGCGCGGCGAAGCUCUUGGAGCGGCUGCCCCGGGCGCGGUACCACGUCGACCUGUCGGCGUGGUCGCUGCAGGACCUGAACCUGUACGCCGCCAAGGAGUUCCUCGCCACGCAGAACUUCGAGGAGGCGUCCACCGUGUCCAAGGAGCGCGACUCGCGCACGCAGCGCUUCCUGCAGUGGACCCUGAAGGCUCCCUUCAUGUCCAAGAUGAUCGAGGAGAGCGGCGCGCCUCUGGAGUGGAGCUGGAAGGUCGUGAUGUUCGCGAUACCGGUGCCGUUCACGAACAAGAGAAUACUCAUGGAGGCGGGGCCAUCGUACGCAAUCUGCGCGAUCCUGAUCCUGUUGAGUAUGUUGAGGCGGUCGGCUCUGCUGCUGGCGGGGUCGUUCUCGUUCUUCGCGCUGGUGGUGUUCACGAUGCGCUGGCUGUCGGGCACGUACACCCACCGCACGGCCGCGGUCAUCGUGGCGCUGAUAUCCUACCUGUGGUACAUGGCCCUGGCCUGA